AUGAUCAGUGGUUACAGUGUUUCUUCACAGAUAAUCAUUAAUGACGAAGAGAAAGAACGAAUGUUAAAGUAUUUACCCAUUAUUCCACAGAAAUAUUUGGUGAUAUUUGUUGGGGAGGGGGUUCACAGAACAGUUUUCAGUGAUCUUCACCGGAACAUCUUGCCAUCUCAGCAAAAUCUUGAGGUUAAUACAGCAACCAUUGAUUGCUCCCUUGAUGCAAUGGAAGUUGAGGAGUUACACCAUCACUCCUUCUAG